AAAUUGCUAUUAUUAUGGAUGACUCCAAGGAUCUAUCUGUCAAAGGUAUACAAUUUCAUUAAAUUAUAUUAUUACUAUACUAAUUUGAAUAAUAAUCAGUAUUCAUUAUCAAUGGUAGCUCUCGUAGAGCGUAAUAUUCAACCACAAGGUAUUCUGUUGAAUGAUCCGGAAGCUGUGGGCAAAACAUCUCAACAUGAUUUAAUUACAUUAGCAACAGAAAUAGAAAAGGCAGACAACUUCGUUAAAUUAAAUGCCUGCAAUAAAUUGCAAAUGAUUGUGGAUCAAAUAAGGUAUCUGAAAAAACAAGCUGAAAACAUUCUUACAGAAGCUAAUUGGAAUGUGAAAUUACAUCAUGUUCCUUGUAAUUUUGUGAAACAUCCUGGACAUGUAUAUCAUUUGUAUCAAAAAGAAACUGGCCAGCUUUACUUUUCCAUGAUUAGUCCAGAAGAAUGGGCUACAUCAAAAUCUGGUCCAGUUCAAACUUACAAGGGUUCCUAUAGAUUAGAGCAUGAUCAUUCGUGGACACCUCUUGAAGAAACUCAUAAGAAGAACGAAGACAUGGCGAUGUUGGCUCAACUUUGGUCCAACAUUCCAACAAAUGUUUUCAAAAGCAUUGACUUAAAU